AUCAAACUUCAUGUCUUGGGGUUAAGACUGGCAUUCAAGAGGAAAAGUGUUUAAUAAUAGCUUAUUAAUAUUACUCUAUCACCAGAAGCAUCUCAAUAGUUUAAUUCAUCAGUGUUAAGUACGUCUUCUGCCCUUUUUUGUUGCAAAAGACAACCCGGAAGUUAAACACCAGUGUAGACGCACGCUAACGUAGAGCAAGACGUGAGGUCUCUCUUGCUACAUCAUGAUUAUUCCGGUGCGGUGUUUCACGUGUGGGAAAAUCGUUGGCAAUAAAUGGGAGGCUUAUUUGGGUCUGCUACAGGCUGAAUAUACAGAAGGUGAUGCUCUCGACGCUCUUGGGCUGAAGAGAUAUUGCUGUCGAAGAAUGCUGCUGUCUCACGUGGAUCUCAUUGAAAAGCUGCUGAAUUACGCACCCCUUGAGAAAUAAACAUGCAUGAGACUGUCCACCACACCAGCGGUCUCUUGAAUGGAUGUAUACCAUUACACAUUGUUAGUUUGCGAUACGUUCCCACUCUUUUCUGUUUAUGUAUCUUUUUGUAAUAAAAACUUGAAAUGAUCAACGAUA